GAUCCAACCCCUGAUGGCGCUGGCGUCACCGGCACAGCACGGCGGCUCCGUAAGGAGAGAGCGGCCUUCCCAUAGGCUGCCCGGGAGAUGCCCCGCCCCCUCCGGCGCGCCCCAUGGCUGGCCGGGGGGGACGGAGGAGAUAGCUCUUCCUCUCUUUCCCCGCGCGCCUGGAGGAGUUGGUGCGGCGGUGUCUGGCCGGGCAGCCAUGCUCCCGUCCCUCAGCCACCUGACCCAGCACACCGGCUUCCGCGGCACCAUCAAAAACUCACCCAGCGACUUCGUGGUGACAGAAAUCCCCGUGCCCCAACACUCGGUUAGCGAUGACCAGGCUGAACCGCUUCAGAAACCCAGCGAAGUGCCGCCAGAACGAAGCAGCCCGUGGCUGCAGCCACCCAAAAAAUCGAGGACGGAGCCCGCGGGCCUUGAGGGUGAACCUGACCCGAGAACUGGCCCGGAGGGAGCCAGCCCCUUGGAUUCCUUGCUGGGCAAAUCCACGAGCGAACUGCUUGAUAAAUUCGCCCGUGACCUGAAGGACGCGUGGGACCUGGAAAGUGGCGGCGAUGCUGGCGCGGGGGGGUUCUCGCUGGGGCCUGUGCUGGACAAGAAGGAUCGAGCUGGUCUGCACAGCGCUGUCAGGCAGAAAUUCCCCUUCCUGGUCACUGUUACGAAAGGCAAGGAAAUGAUUGUAGAAGGAAACGCUGAUUACAGAGAACUUCGUCAGUUAGUGUCUGAAAAGGAGACCAGUGCUUUCUUUAAAUUUUUAGAUGCAAAGCUAGAAAAUUCUACAUUUUCUUUUGAGCCUGAUGGGAACAAAGAGCACAGAAAAGUAGUUCACCAUUUUAUCAACAGAAAAUUUGGAAAACUUUUAGAAACAAAAUCUUUUACUGUGACAGAUGUCAAUGAUCAGCCAAAGAUGUCAAUAAUGGUAAGAUUUCGAGAAAAAAGUUGGUCCAGAAAAAGGUCUGCUGAUGGUUUCCAGGAAAAACAAGAUCUUUAUACAGGUUUCACCCUUCAGAAAGAAAAUCUAGAAACACUAGAAGCAAUCGGUUUCUUGGCUGCUGAACUUGGUGUUCUUCCUUCAGACUUCAGUUAUACUGGCAUCAAAGACAAGAAGGCUGUUACUUACCAGCCUAUGGUAGUGAAGAAGGUGACUCCUGAAAGGUUGAAAGAAAUUGGGAGCAAAAUGGAAAAAAAGGGCAUGAGAAUACACAACAUACAUUCAACAUGCAAGCACCUCAGACUUGGUCAGCUGAAGGGAAAUCACUUUGAUAUAAUUGUGAGGGAUCUCAAACACCACAGUCAUGACCCUUCUGCAGAUCUGAAACAGAGAAUAUCUGAAGCAAUGGAAAGUGUUAAGACAAAAGGUUUCGUUAAUUACUAUGGACCUCAGCGAUUUGGACAGGGACAAAAUGUUCAGACAGAUCAAAUAGGAUUGGCUUUACUGAAUGAAAAAAUGGUGAAAGCAGUGAAAUUGUUCUUCACACCUGAAGAUACCGAUGACCCUGUAAACAAUGCAAAAAGAUACUUUCUUCAAACUGAAGAUGCAAAGGGCACACUCAUGAUGCUGCCAGAAUUUAAAGUGAGAGAGAAGAUGUUGCUACGAGCCUUAAAUCGCUAUGGUGUAAAUCAUGAAGGCUGUACCAAAGGAUGGCUCAAUAUUCCUCAUUCCAUGCGCAUAUUCUAUGUCCAUGCUUAUUGCAGUAAAAUUUGGAAUGAAGCAGCAUCAUAUCGGCUGAAGAUUUAUGGUACGGAAGUUGUUGAAGGUGAUCUUGUCUUGCCAAAUGAAAAUGAUGAAAGCGUUUCCCUGAAUGACAAGGUUCAUGUAGUCACUGCUUCAGAAGAGUCAGCCAACAAAUACUCUAUAAACCAAGUUGUUCUUCCAAUGGUGGGACACAGUAUCAAGUAUCCCAGUAAUAAAGUUGGGCAGUGGUACCAUGAAAGGCUUUCUAAGGAUGAGCUGCAGACGUGCAAAUUCAGAGUGUCUCCAUUACAGCUGAAUAUACCUGGAUGCUACAGACUCAUUGUGAAAAGUGUUCAGAAUCUGUCAUAUUUUUUGGAAGGUAGUGAAAAAGGAAUUGAGAAUGAAGACAACCACUUGAAUGAAUCAAGAGUCUCUCUUCAUAUAUCAUUUGACCUUGAUCCUUCAUGUUAUGCAACAGUCUGUCUGAGAGAAAUAAUGAAAUGUGACUUUUAAGAUUCUGGUUAAUGAAAUUUUUGCAGGAAUAUUAUAAAAUUGUGGUAUUUUAUAUAUAAUGCAAAGAAAAUAAGGCUGAAUAACAGAUUCAAGUCAGGGACAGGAAAAUUUGUAGACUGAGAUUCAUACUGAUUAGAAAAAAAAACCACCAAAAUAUUUUAGAAUGUUCCAAAAACAUUCCAAACCCCAAAUGCAAACCCUUGAAUGGACUGGAGUAGAACCACGUGUUAUGCCAGGCGGGUCUAACGGAACUUAAAGAAGCCAUGGGUAGCAAGCAUGAAUUUCAUAUUUGAAUAGACAUCUAACCUGCAAAGUUAAAUCCUGGAAAAAAUGUUUGUAGCAAACAAAUGUAUCUCUUACCUCAUAACCAUAUUUUUAAAAAUUAUUUAUAAAUGCUGUUCAAGCAAUCAUGUUACAAGUUCGCAGCCUACAAGUACCUAACUGAAAAGAUGCUAUACUGAGGUUCACUAAAUACAUUGUGUUCAGGCCCUAAGUGUUAAAAAGUAGAAGUCCUGAGUCAACAAUGACAAGUCAUCUUGUACUUUAUCAGACAUCUGAUGAAUCCUCCAACUUAAAUUAAUGCUAAUAAUUCCAGCAUUAAGUAGUUCAUGGCUCUUAGUGCUAAUUAGGUAAGUAAGAUGAGGUGAGUAACGUAACUGCAAAACCAUUUAUAAUAAAACCAAAACAUUGUUUUAUUGUUUAUGGGAUGCAAACUCUAUUCCUGUUACCGUGAAGCCUUUUGGUAGCAAAAAAAAAAAAAAAAAGAAGUUAAUGGAACUUUCCUGGAAAAAAACCUUUUAUAUUUUUUUCUUAAUUAAAAAAAAAAAAAUCUUUUAACUGUGAUAAAA